GUUUCAUCCAACACUUUAUUUUCUCCUGAAUUUAAAUUUCACUUCAAAUGGCCUUCACUUGUGUUUACUUGCUAGAUGUUUAUACAAAACGUACGCACUGGAAACACUUUAAAUUACAAAAUCCAGCAACAUUAAGAUCAAAUCUAAGUUAACUAUGAUGAAAUUUUGUUUACAAUUCAGUCACAGUUUUUCCGUAGUAAAAUUACAAUAUUUAAGCAAAUUUGGGUGAUAAAAUGAAUAUUGUUUUUGAUGUACGGAUUAAUUUUGAUUGUUGAAAUCUUCACUAAAUAAAGUGAAGCAACGGCGCCAUCUAGUGGACGAUGCUAAUUCAACCGUUCACCGCGGAACUAAGGGCUGCUAAUGUUUCCUGACGGAGAACGUUCGCAGCUGCAUCAGCAUGUGUUGUGAGAAUUUCUGAAGAGGAAUCUUUGCCUUCUCGUUGUCAGUGGGUUGUUGUGAUAUUUAAGUUAGUUUUUAAAAGUGAAAAACAUGUCGUCCUCUCCCGAGGUGGUUCUGGGUUUCCUUGAAGAAGCAGAACCGUGGCGGCUUCAGUCUCCGCAGUUCCCCAGCAAGGUCGGAGGGAAGCCGGCGUGGCUCAGCCAGAGGGGCCUGCCCCUCCAGUCCGAUCUGGAGUGUGAGAAAUGCGGGCUGCCCAUGGUCUUCCUGUUGCAGGUGUACGCACCCAUUUCGGGUCAGGACAGAAGUUUUCACAGGACGCUUUUCCUGUUCUGCUGUAAAACUCCGGAGUGUUACUCCCACAACGACAGCCGCUGCUUCAAAGUUUUCAGAAGUCAGCUCCCCAGGAAGAACGAGUUCUACUCCUACGACCCUCCUCCAGAUGAUGAACCACAGACAGUCUCUAAAGAGGACGACAGCAUUUUAUCCGUCUCAGGAGUCAAGCUGUGCUGGGUGUGUGGUUGCCCUGGAAACAAGGCCUGCUCCCGCUGCCACUCGGUGACCUACUGCGGUAAACACCACCAGACCGUCCACUGGAAGCACUCCCACAAGAAGGAGUGCCUCAGCGCAGCGCUGCCCUCGGCUGCCUCUCCCUUCCUGUUCCCCGAGUCUGAGCUCGUCACCGAGCCUGAAGAGGGAGGGGAGGAACGAGACGACGCACAGAGAGGAGGAGGAGGAGAAGAACAGAGAAGUACUGAAGGUCCUUCCUUAGCUGACACUCUGGCAGAAGCAGAUCUGGAGGAGAUGGCGUUGCACGAGACUGAAGACAACAAAGUGUUCCAGCGGUUCAAGAAGAAGAUCGCCUCAGAGCCGCACCAGAUGAUUCGCUACAGUCGAGGAGGCCGACCCCUCUGGGUCUCUUCUGGUCACGUCCCUGCAGACGAGGACAUCCCACCAUGCACCUGCGGCGCCAACAGGACCUUUGAGUUUCAGGUGAUGCCUCAGCUGCUAAACAGCCUCUGCGUGGACUCGACGGGAGCCAGCAUCGACUGGGGAACCGUUACGGUCUACACCUGCUCCGCUAGCUGUAACCAUGGAGACCAGUACCGGUCGGAGUUCGUCUGGAAGCAGGACUUCAGCGCAGAUCAACUGACUCAGCACAGAAACACGUAGUACAGAUCUGUUGAUUAUAGUUCCAGAAGAUAAAGUGCUCAGAUUAACUCAGCAGCUUCAAGUCCUUUGAGAUGUGUAUUUUUUUACUUCAAUUUAAAAAUAAGCUAGUAUUUAAUGGAGCCAUACAGCAAAUUAUUCUAAAAAUUUAAAACGUUACUUCAAAUGGAUAUGUUGUGAUAAUUUAGGUAUCCAGGUAGAGCUGGCUGAUAAAUCGAUUUUAAUCAAAAUGAAUUUUCUGUUUAACUUUUGGAAAAUGUCCAUAAUUAAAUGAAUAAUUGUUUCAUUCACUUAGGUUAUUUUAAUAAGAAUGUGACUUAAUAAAAAGGAAGACGCAGCUUUAACUGUACAGAUUUAUUGUUGCAGAACAAAGACAACUUCAGACGAUUUGAAAACGUUUCCUGAUCUGUUCUGCAAAACAAGUCGAUACAUAAAUCUGAUUCGGACACUUUGAUUCAAAUUAUGAAGCAAACAUUGAGCUUGUUGACAGGAAAACGUUUAAAUGGCUGCAGAGUUAAACUGUGUUUAAAACAGACAAAGCAGGAAAACAACCCAAAAUUUCACUUAAAGGUCUUCAACAUUGGGGAAAUCCUCAAACUAAACCUCCACAUGGGCAAAAAUAGACAUUUAUAUACUAACUAUGUAACAUUUUGCCACCAUAUUUAUGCUAGGCAGCAUUUUUCCUUCACAUUUAAAUCUUGAGUCCCAAGUUGUCCUUAUUUGCUCAAAUAGGAAUUUUCUGCACCCACCUCAAGGUGCCACUCAUCACUUCUCUAUAUUUAGAAUAUAAAAAAAUGUGUUUAGCUCCAGUUUAACCAUUAAAACAUCUCUAUGUAAAUACAACAAUCCCUCUGUUUGACCUGAAGAGGACCAGAAGCUGCAGAACCAACUAACAACUCUGUUUAAAUCACUUUUACUGCAACUACAAACACGUAAACCGACUUCAGUGUUUGGUUGGAACAAACAUAAAUCAGGAUUCAAAGAUGGAGACUUAGACGUCAGGCUGGCCGAUUUCAACACAAGGUAGCAAAUUUUCAGACAUGAGAAAAGAAAAUGCUAAAAAGGCAGCAUAGAAAAGUAGUUAAAACAUUUUAAAAUGAAACCAGGUACAGUCCCCUUCAGAGUGUUUCUCCAUUCAUCAAUAUCUUACAUUUUCUUACAAUCCUAUGUACAAAUCAGGGAUGUGAUGAUGCACUGGAAACCUGAAACUACAGGAAACAUGGGAAUGAUUUUAACCAAGAUGGCCCGUAAAAUCUUCUUUAAAAAUUCCUUGGGGAUGAAAAA